UUGAAGCGGCGGCGGUGGGGCGGAGGAGAUCAGGCGUCCGGGGUCGGGGUGUCUGGGCUGAGGAGCGGGUGACCGGCCGAGCGCUGCCGAGAUGCCGCUCUUCGCCCCCAACCCCUUCGAGCAGGACGUGGAGAAAGCUACAAAUGAAUAUAACACCAGUGAGGACUGGGGGCUGAUCAUGGACAUCUGUGACAAAGUUGGGAGUACUCCUAAUGGAGCAAAGGAUUGCCUUAAAGCCAUCAUGAAGAGGGUAAAUCAUAAAGUUCCCCAUGUGGCUUUGCAAGCACUUACACUUUUAGGAGCCUGUGUAUCCAACUGUGGGAAGAUCUUUCACUUGGAAGUCUGCUCUCGUGAUUUUGCUGGUGAAGCUCGAAGUAUCAUCAACAAGGCUCAUCCAAAAGUAUCUGAGAAGCUAAAAACUCUAAUGGUGGAGUGGUCAGAAGAGUUUCAGAAGGACCCACAGUGUAGCUUAAUAUCUGCAACCAUUAAAUCUUUGAAAGAAGAAGGUGUCACUUUUCCUGCUGCUGGAUCACAGGCUGCCACAAAUGCUGCUAAGAAUGGCUCAGCCUUGAGUAAGAACAAAGAAGAUGAAGAUAUAGCUAAAGCUAUCGAGUUGUCACUGCAAGAGCAGAAACAGCAGCAACUGGAAACCAAAUCCUUGUACCCAUCAGCGGAAGCUCAGCAGAGCAACCAGAGUGCCAGGAAGGUCCGAGCCCUCUAUGACUUUGAGGCUGUGGAGGACAACGAGCUCACCUUCAAAAGUGGAGAAAUCAUUUUGGUUUUGGAUGACAGUGACACCAAUUGGUGGAAAGGUGAAAAUCACAGAGGAGUGGGACUCUUCCCAUCUAAUUUUGUGACUUCUGACUUGACUGUGGAGCCUGAGGCAGCAGCUGUGGAGAAAAAUUCUGUUCCUGAGGAUGCAGCAGAAGAUGUUAAGAAAGCAGAACCUGAGCCAGUUUAUAUAGAUGAGGAUAAGAUGGAUAAAACACUGCAAGUACUUCAGAGUAUAGACCCUACAGAUUUAAAGCUUGAUUCUCCAGAUCUUCUAGACUCAGAAGAUAUUUGUCAGCAGAUGGGUCCAAUGAUAGAUGAAAAACUGGAAGAGAUAGAUAGAAAACACUCAGAAUUAUCUGAACUGAACGUGAAAGUUCUAGAAGCCCUGGAGCUCUAUAACAAGCUGAUGAAUGAAGCCCCAAUGUAUUCAGCUUACUCCAAACUCCACCAUCCUGCACAAUACCCACCCACAUCUUCUGGUGUCUCAGUGCAGUCAUAUCCUGUACAGCCACCUAGUGGAAACUACAUGAUCCAGGGUGUUCACCAAGUCACCAUCUCGCCGGGUUACAGCCUGGGACCUGAUCAGAUGGGACAGCUGAGGUCUCUGCCACAAAGCAUCAACUCGUCUGGAGCAGCUCAGCCAGCUCAAGCUGCCUACUUAAGCCCCGGGCCCGACGCCGUGCUGAACCAGCCCUACGGCAGCCCCAGCCCCGCCGUCCCCUCCGCCGCCGGCACCGCCGCCUACGCCCCGCAGCAGAUGGGAAUGGCCGUGGAUCUCUCAGCCUACCAGAGCAACACACCCAGCUUGCCUCAGGGACCAGCUUAUCCCCUGGCAGUUCCUGCUCAUUCCGUGCUGCAGCAACAAACUAAUUACCACCAGCAGCCUCUCCUCUAAAAGCGAAGCAGCUCCUGUCUCCCGCUUAGCGAGUGAAGGCUGCCUGACCCGAUGAGUUGGAGAAGGAACCUGCCCCGAGAUGGCAAACCCCAUGGUUGUUGGGUUUGGGUUCUGGCUUUUUAUGUUGUUGUUCACUUUGAAAUAACCCAGCAGGGUCUCAGAUAUGCAGCAGAUCUGAUUGUUGAGCAUUUGCAUAAUACCCUGAACUAGAUUUAGCUGAUGGUUUUCAAAUCAUUCCAGUUUCCUCUGGGCCCUUUGUGGUUGGUUGGUUGGUUGGUGGUGGUGGUUGUGGUUUUUUUCCCCCAGCCCUUUCCAGCAAACACCACUUGUGAAGCUUCACUUCAAAGAGAUGCUCCCCAAAAUAGUAGUUUGGUUGUUUUUUUUUCUUCUUUUAAAAUGUAUUUUUAGGAAACUUGAGGAUGCUUAAUCAUCCUUCUGUGUUGCUCUCAUGAAGUGUCGGUAUCUUGCUCUCAUCCUUACCCAAGGGAACCUCUGCUGCUGUAGAGAGCACCUCCUGUCUGCGCUGCGCGACGGGAGCGGCCGCGGGAGGACGACAGCUGGAGGGGGACCUGGUUUGAUGCUGUGACAGUGAGGACCGCGGGCCUACAGCAGUAGGAGAAAGGAGGUUUUUGCAGUGCUGCCUGAGAGGUGGUUUUGGAAGCUGCAGAGAACAUCUGAUGUGUUUUCUCUUGAGGAAGGCAGGUGGGGGUUUGCUGGAGCUCGCUUUCGGCAGAGGUGGUCCUGCAAGCACAAGUCUCCUUUGCAAGAGCAGGCAAGGGAUGCUCCCAGCUGACUGUGUGGGCACUCUGUGGAUGGAUCCAAGGUGCUGAGCCAGGGGCUCGUACAGAAUCUCUUUUCUUCUCCUUUCUGGAUGUGUUUAGAAGUGAAGGAGUAUUGUAGUUCCUUGUGGUAAAAGGGAGGAGGCUCAAGAAUGUUCGAAGCCUUUUAAGA